GUCCCUGCAUCUUGUAUUGUCUCCGCCAACAGAAACGUUCGGUUCUCGCUACACGGUCUGCUUCAACACAACACGCGCGUGCGGCUGUGCUAUUCACUGCGAACAACAUGGAACCAAAUGGGCUUACAAACGAAGUCGUCUGAACUGCUUGUGAAUGAAUACAAUGUCCAAUUUUAAGGACACGAACUCUAUCCCAGAUGGGUACAGGGCUCUAAACACCAGUGAAUUGCAGGAGCUUUUACAAGAUGAAGAAAAAAUGGACCAGAUCGUCCGACUCAAUGAGAAGUUUCAGGAGCUGCAGGUGGACAGAGAGAUUCUGCUGACCUCCAACCGGAGCUUGGCCGAGGUGAGCCUCGCCAGGCGACCCCGCCUCAACAACGGCAAACUCCAGCUGGCUGAGAAAUAUAGGGAUCUGACCAAUCUGGCAACCGCCUGCUGGGAAAAACAGAGUCGGCUCGAGGCCGACAUACAGAAGCACAGCCUCCAGACAGCACAGAAUCUUCUCCAGGAAGAUGUGGCGCGUGCUGAGGAACAGUCCGAGGACCUCCUGGAGAAGUUCAUGGAGGGGAAUGUGCCCCUGGAGGGGUUUCUGGACUCCUUCCAAAGCUCCAGGAAGAGCUACCACAUCCGCCGUGCUCAGGCCGAGAAAAUCCAGGAGCUCAGCCGAGCCAAACGGAAUUCCAGCAAACCCAAAAAGCCAGAGGAGCAAGAGGACAAGAUGCGGGACGAGAAGCCGGAACCCCAGCGGACCAACGGCUUCAUGGCCCAGGGCCCGCCCCGGGUCUUCCAGCUCCGCUACGGCCUCACCCCCGCCAUCCUGCUUCCCCACUUCCCCCUGCCACCCUCCUCCACCACCUCGCCAUCUGCCCUGACCCACACCAGUCUACCUCCGCUGGACUCCCAGCCGGGCCAGACCCAAAUCCUGAGCCCCAGUGCCCCGCUCUCUGGACAUGGGCAUCCUGUGAACCUACGGGUCAUUGGACAGUUACCCGGAGGCUGGUCAUCCAGACCGAUGCGGUUACAGCAGCUCUAUAGGCCCGCCCCUCACCAGCCUGAGCCUCCAUACCGAUAACUGAGGCAUGGGCCCUAGAGGUCUCUAGACAUGGAACCAAACAGUGGCUACCAGACUCAUGCACGCAAAGAUGGCUUUUGUGGAAUUGAUCUGAAACAUAUGUUCACCACCCAUGACACAAAACGUAAACAUACCUAAAAUGGGAUAUAACCAGAAGCCAUAAAGCACAGAAUAAUUUCAGUUGAAAGCAAGGGAGUAAAUGAAGGAGAAACAGGGCAUGGUUUUCAUUUUUAUUUGAAUGUUACACUUCCAGGGCGUCACAGGGUUGUAAAGCACAGCUAUGAUAAGGAAAUGUCACAAAUGGACUAGUGUCUCCAGCUUGUCAUAAAGGACCCCAUUGUCCAUCCAUCCGACUGAGAAUUGCAAGGCUCCUAUGAAAUGGCCUGGUGUCGUUUUGCUGAUGAUCAAUAAAGUUCAAAUCAUGGUUUUUAUUAUUAAUCUAAA